AACAGCAGCAGAAGCAAAAGCCGCAGGCCGCAACUACUCCGAUCUGAGUAUCACAGUCACAGCUAAUAGCUAGCCAGCAGCCCAGCACCCAGCAACUACCCGUACGUACGAACGUGCGCUUCCGAUGGCGACCACGGUGAUGGCCUCCGCGACCGCGAGCUCCCCCGCCUUCUCCGCCCCCGGCGCGCGCGCCAGGCGCGCCGCCCGGCUUCCGGCGGGGUUCCGCGGCCGUGUCGCCGCGCCGCCGCGCCGCCUCGCGCUGCUCGCCAGGGCCUCCCAGCAGGCCGAUGACGCUGCCGCCGACACGAGCGCGAGCGCGGCGCCGGCUGCUCGGAAGCUGGGGCUCUGGGACGCGCUGGCGUUCAGCGGGCCCGCGCCGGAGCGGAUCAACGGGCGGCUGGCGAUGGUGGGCUUCGUGUCCGCGCUCGCCGUCGAGGCCACCCGCGGCGACGGCAUCCUCUCGCAGGCCGGCAACGGCGCCGGCCUCGCGUGGUUCGCGUACACCGCCGCUGUCCUGUCCGCCGCGUCCCUGGUGCCGCUGCUCCAGGGGGAGAGCGCCGAGGGCAGGAGCGGCCGGUUCAUGACCGCCGACGCCGAGCUCUGGAACGGCCGCCUCGCCAUGCUCGGCCUCGUCGCGCUCGCCGUCACCGAGUACCUUACCGGCGCGCCCUUCGUCAACGUGUAAAAUACAUACAAGCCGCAACGUACAGCUGUGAUAGACUGGUAGUACGUUUAAUUUGUAAAAGGAUAAUGUAGUAUAUGGUAAUUGGUAAUACGCGUACGUAUACGUAUGCAUGCAUGCGUAAUUACAAUAGCUUGGAAAUUUACUGUCUUCUAUAGGGUUCCCUGAAAAAAAACGUAAUAAUAAUUUUUUGGCA